AUGGGACUUAAACCUGGAGAGCUGCCGAGCUGGAUACUGAUGAUGGAGUCAGCCCCAGUGGCACUGCCUUUCAGAACCUUUCGGAGAGGGCAUGACCAGUAUUACAACAAGUAUAUCAAUGUUCAGAAAGGCAGCAUCCCGGGGGUCAACAUGGUGCUGGCAGCCUGUGUGGUUUUCAGCUACUACAUUUCUUACAAGGAACUCAGACAGGAGCGGUGA